AUGAAAAAGUACUUGGACAAAACCAAGGAACAACUUGGACAAUUCAAAGAAUACGAGUUCCGGCAUAUACCUCGGGAACAAAAUGAUCGAGCUGACGCACUAUCAAAAUUAGCUAGCACCAAACCAGGGGGCAAUAAUAGGAGCCUCAUCCAGGAAAUACUGCAAAGUCCAUCAAUCUCGGAGGAAGAAAAGGUCCUAGCUAUAUCAAGUCAGGAUCAAGGGUGGAUGACUCCUAUAAUCAGCUACCUCAAAUCAGAGAUACUCCCUACAGAUAAAAAGGAGGCAAAGAGGUUAAAGUGGGAGGCACAGUAUUACACCAUCAUAAACGACAUCCUAUACAAGAAUGUGUACCGACUUCUAACACAAAGGAGGUCUUAG